AUGAACCUGAACCUGUCGGGCUCGCUCAACGUUUUCAGGCUCCUGGCCAAGCCUUCACUAUGUCUUCCUCAUGCUACCGUGGCAACCUUCGAUGAUCUACCGAUCCCACUCAACAAGGCAUUUUCCAAGAAUGUUAAACAGCCAGACAUCAGGGCCGUGGUGCUGGACAAGGAUGACUGUUUUGCAAUUCCGGAUCACAACGAGGUCCACGAACCAUACAAGAAGCAUCGAUUCGAGGCUCUGCGAGCCGCCUACCCAGGACGGCGUCUCCUGAUUGUGUCAAACACGGCCGGUGCAACAAGCUACGAUGUUACCGGCAGGCUCGCCUCAGAAGUUGAAAAGUCGACUGGUGUUAGCGUUCUGUCGCACGCCGUGAAGAAACCGGGCUGCGGUGAGGAGAUCAUGUCGUACUUCCGCCAACACCCCGAGACAGGGGUGACGAGUCCUCACCAGAUCGCCAUUGUGGGCGACCGGCUGGCAACUGACAUGAUGCUGGCCAAUAUGAUGGGCAGCUGGGGAAUCUGGGUUAAAGAUGGCGUUGUCCCCUUACAUCAAAAGAGCAUUUUCUCCAAGAUUGAAAGAAAACUGGGACCCUAUCUCCUCUCUCGGGGUUACUCAGCCCCAGAUCCCUCGAGCCCUUUUGAGUGA